ACCUCCUCACUACAAAUAUGAUUUCAACGUUUAAAUAAAAUGGUGGUCAGCGCAUUUGGUGGAUAAAAACACAUAUGUACUCCAACAUUAACGUAUUGAAGAAAAUACUAAGAUAAGACACAUCAACAACUUACGUGUAAAUUAACAAUGGUUUUAUUGUUUAGACAAACUUAAGUUUAUAAAGAAAAAACACUUCGUUUCCACAAAAGUGAAGUGGGACGAGGGCGCCGAUGUGCAAGGACGGACCACGUUGGCGCACGUCAUCCAUGCAGCUGACUAGGACGAGUUCAACUGAUGAUGUAGCACAGAAUUUUCAGCCAAACUCUGUGUAGGCCAAAACUCACCACAUGCCCACCACAGUUAUUCUUCAUCCCAGUCCGCGCCCUCCAAAAUUACCCUUCUUCACCCCCAACAUUCACCACCCCGAACCAACUAAAACAAAGCCUCUUCUCCCAAACUCCAAUCAUGGGCAUUCUAGACAUUUCACCACCAUGUUUGAACCUGUAAAAACUCGUCCUAACCUAUUUGUGUUCAACUGAAUCAGCUCCAACAAAUUCAGUUACUUUCACCAUGGCUACCAAACGCUAUGUUCUCACCAUCUUCAUCUUUCUCAUCAGCAUUGCCGGCAAUGCAGCCGCAGCGGAGUCACAACAAUGUGCGUCUAAAUCCAAAGGAGAAUGCCAUGACAAAGCACAAUCCCUAAAACUGAAGCUCAUUGCCAUAAGCUCUAUUCUAGUCACAAGCAUGAUUGGUAUCUGCCUACCCAUUCUUUCACGCAAAGUUUCGGCUCUUCAGCCUGACAAAGACUUGUUCGUAGUUGUCAAAGCAUUUGCCUCCGGCGUCAUUCUUGCAACGGGUUACAUGCACGUUUUACCCGACUCGUUUGAUUGCUUGAGAUCCGAAUGUCUGCCCGAAUCGCCUUGGAGGAAGUUCCCAUUCACAACGUUUGUGGCUAUGCUUUCGGCUUUGCUGGCUAUGAUGGUGGACUCGUUUUCGAUGAGUUACUCUAGGAAAUCUUUCCUUCGCAGAGCCGCCGCGCGCGAGGAAGAUGAGGAGAGUGCUAAAAAUAGUAGGUGCCCUGAUCAAUUAGAGCAUUUUGGUCAUGGCCAUGGGAUUAAGACUGAGGAUGGGCUCAAUGGUAAGGAUUCACAGUUGCUGAAGCAUCGUGUUGUCGCGCAGGUAUUGGAACUAGGGAUCGUAGUGCACUCGGUAGUGAUUGGAUUGUCAAUGGGGGCAUCUGAUAAUCCAUGCACAAUGAGGCCACUCAUUGCUGCCAUUUGUUUCCAUCAAUUCUUUGAAGGAAUGGGUCUAGGUGGAUGCAUACUACAGACUGAAUAUGGGAGCAAGAUUAAGGCAGUAAUGGUGUUCUUCUUCUCAACCACAACACCGUUUGGGAUUGCACUAGGAAUCGCUCUGUCGAACGUAUACAGCGACCACAGUCCAACAGCUCUAAUUGUUGUAGGGCUGCUAGAUGCUGCAUCUGCAGGGCUACUAAACUACAUGGCACUGGUUGAUCUCCUAGCAGCUGAUUUCAUGGGUCGUAAACUGCAGGCAAAUGUGAAGCUCCAAACAUGGUCUUACAUUGCAGUUCUAUUAGGUAUAGGAGGGAUGUCAUUAAUGGCCAAAUGGGCAUAAAAAAUUAGCAGUAGCAGUUCAACAAUAAUGUCAGAUAGGAUUGUGCUGCUUUUUGUAGUGACUGUUUUGGAUGUAGAGUAGGGACAAACAUUCUGAGAUAAUUUUAUUCUUUUAUUUUUUUUUUUUUUUUACUGUGGCAACAAGUUUGAAGCCUUGGUAUUUCUAUUAAAAUUUUAGAUAGACGGUUAAUCAUUUUGAUAUUAUUCAUACUUAAUCAUCCGUGCAAUCAAUUUGUGAGGUUUUAUGUGAAAAAUGUCUCGAUGGAAUUAGAAAUAUUAUCCAACAUUGUCCAACCAAUUUCUUUUUCUGUCUUCUUUCACAACAUUAGUUUGUAUCGUAACAGGAUAGCAAUGAAGACAGUAAAGAAACCAAGAAUUCAUAAUUUCAAUAAAUGAACACUAAAAAAUCAAAGUACCAACCAACUACACAACAACAAUCAAGCGCAUUUUCUCAUUAGGUGGGAUCAGCCGAAAAAUACUCACCAAGCCUCAAGAAAAAUAAAAAAAUUUAACAACCAACAAAACACAAUAGAAGAAAUUAACACAUUAAAAGAUGAACAAGGAACGACUAACGAACAAGAACAAGCAGAAGCCAAAUGAAAACAGAAACGAACCCACAAUGAAAGUAAAUUUUUUUUUUACGGAGUAGUAGAGAAAUCAUACAAAAGGAGAAGCGGUAGAGAUGAAGAGGCGACAAAUAAAUCGAUACUAAACAAGAGUGGAUUUAACUCAGAGAGAUCAAACCCGCUCUAAUAUCAGGUUAGCAAAUCAAGGACGAGAAAAAGAAGAAUAAAUUGCAAACUCUGAAUCUUAUUCUACAGACAAAAUUAAAGGAGAACACUACACAAUCUCCAAGAUGGCUUAAUCUGAGGAAAACUACAUGUCGUUGGACUUAAUUGCUACAAAAUUACAAGAGUGUACAUAAAGGCUAAUAAAACAAAUAGGAAAUCAAUCAUAAACCUUAACAACAAACGGAAAAACAAUCAUAAUCCGUAUUCUAUUAAAAAAAAAAAUGUAAUGUGUACCAGAAAUACCUUAACAUGAUAGAUUCCUAACUUGCUAACUUUUCCAUCAAUAAUCACUCAAGAUCAUUGUCAAGUCAAGUCAACCAAUUAGAUUCUCAAUAUUGAGUGCGAAAUGCAAGAGAGCGAUUGGCCUGGCCCCGAUUUUUCAUCGUAUGAAAAUCAAGCUGACAUCCCCCUCCAUUCAGAUGAUGGCUCUUGGCAAAAUAUAUCGACUCUUCAUUUUCACAUGAUAAAAAAUAAGAGCUAGGCAAGUCGCUCUGAAAACGCACAGGCAAAGAAGAUCAAAGUUUGUGUUUGUGGAUUGGGACGCAAAUCGGGUCUCACCAUAAAUUGGCCUUAUGAAAAUUUUCUUUGCGUGACCAUAUAAAUACAAGAAAAACAAUAUUCACGACCACAUUUGAUGGACUAAUGAGCCGAAUAAGAGUC